GCUCUGUAAGUCUUCGAUAUUCGGUGCUGAUCGCACUAGCGUUAAUGAACCCACCUAGCUGAAGGCGCUCGGUCACACAUCCGCACCAGAUCACCAGUACGUUGUGCUUCACAUCUCCUAUUACCGCUAGUUACUUCUCGAUACAUCGAUAUUCUAUCAAAUAUAUCUUCGAACCUCUUAGCUUAUAAACUCACUCGGUUGGCACGUUUCGACUAUAUGUGUUACUGGUUAAGGUGUUGUUAAACUCCAAAUACUUGUGGCGUCUUAGGUGGUGAACCCGACGUGAUCUGGUACACCUAUUCGCAAACUGCGAGUCUCCUCUUUAUGAGAACUUUAUAUAUCAUGUUUUUUAAUUUAAUAUUUACACAUUAUGAUAUUUUUUCUCAUAUUUGUGGAUGUUUUUUUCUCUCGUUCAUUCCUAUACCUUUUAUUCCUCAUCAUUGAACAGACUCCUGUGGUACUUACGAUCAAGACUCUUACACUACCCUCAUUCCAGCUAAUGCCAUUCUGGCCUGACGACAUCGAAACUUGGUUAUCCUACGCAGAGGCUGACUUCAAAGAGGAUGGCGUGGUAGAACCACGUGAACUGUUCUUCGCAUUAGUGAAGGCGAUACCGCGCGAUUUCAACUGAUAUCUGAUAGUAGAUGGGCGUCCUGUUUAUCUGAUUGGGUCCAAGAUACUCAUCUGCUUUAUAGUCUUUGAUAUUCUUCUCAACGUUUGAAGUUUUGCUUUUCCUAACUGAUGGAGGAUGACUUACAACGUAAAGUCAUCAAACAACGUUUAAAGCAGUUUUAUGGAAGUAAUACAAACAACUCACUGGUUGAUCAGAAUGAUCCUUUAAAUAUUGACAGUCCAUCCUUCGAUCCACAAUUGUACUUGGAUAAAAGUCUUAAGACUAAAGACCUUUCUGAUCUAAUAUCAGAAGAAAAGGCCCUAACCGAGCAGAUUCGCAGUCUGGAUUCCGACAUGCAAACACUAGUAUAUGACAACUACAGCAAAUUCAUUAGUGCAACCGACACCAUUAGAAUGAUGAAAUCUAAUUUCAGUUACGUCCAGGCCGAAAUGAAUUCAUUACUUCAAAAUAUUGCCUCCAUUGUUUCAGUUUCUGGUACGAUUAAUGGAAAUUUAGCUGAUAAGAGAAAGAAACUGGGCACACUGACAACUACCCAGUUGACUCUAAACAAACUAAACUACUUAGUUGAACUCCCAGUCAGCUUAAGGAAAUAUAUGAACAAGUGUGAUUGGGAUCAAAUUGUACUUGACCUUAAUAAAGCAAAAUACAUUUUAAAGAGUUAUCACAAUACUCCAUCUUUUAAGAAUAUUCGUGAGGACUGCGCUGAGAUAGUAUCGGAAAUUUGUUCGAAACUAUGGCGUCAAUUUGAUGAGUCUAGCGAUAUGGCUGAGUGUUCUAAUCGUCUAAAAAUUCUGCAGCAGCUUGGUUUCUCGAGACGAAAAUUGUCAAGAGCGAUAUUACGUUUGUGGGUAACAACACUUUAAUUUUACUUGUUAGACUUUUGCCUAUCAUGCUAUAUUAUACAACUGAGUAUUCACGCAAAUUUUUUUUUGACAGGCUUUGUUAACAUUUAGGGACUAAAGGUAUCCAUGGCUCUAUAAGAUAAAAUGACGCAGAAACUCUGAGCUAACAAACACUCAUGUUCAAACUGAUUACUGGCAUUAAGAUAUCUUGUACAGUAAUUUCUUCCAGAUGUGUGCCGUUGGGAGAGACUUUUAAGUAGAUGCUAUUCGCGUUAAUUCAGUGCGUUAUAAGAUGUAGCUAAGUUUAUCCCACCGUCUUAUGAUGUCGUACGUUUGUUAAAAUUAUCGUAAGACUUUCGGUUUCGUUUGACUGACUGGCCUUCAAUUUUAUGAGGCUUUUUUUUCUCACGAAGGUUGUAUUUACUAUCGGUUUUACACUAAUGGACAACUUAUUCUUUCUUUUCAGGGCUAAACGUCAAGUAUCUCAACGUUUAGCUUAUAUUAAGACUUUGGUGUGUGAAGGAGACAAGCGAAGUGUUCAGAAAGAAGAAACCGUUGGUUCUGCUGAAAACAUUGCGAAUCCAUUUGUCCAAGAGUCUUCUUCUGAAGAAAUGGACGUGUUAUACUUCGCCAAUCUCAUAACGGAUUCUGUCCUCAUUAAGCUUUCUGAAUUUAUUGGACUACUGGCGGAUUUUUAUUUCACAAAGUCAGAUGAAAGUGAACCUAUGGAUACUAUUUUGGAUGUCAUUUCUGGUAAAACAGAAAAUAGUGCCUCAGAAAUCGAUGAUGGUUCUUUUGAGGAAAAUUUGUCGAAUUUGGUUGAAGAACUGAUGCAUGAAUUUUUUAUUUUGGUUCGAACUCGUUUUGAAUCGGAAGUCAGUUUCUCAAGUAUAAGUAAUAAAUGUUAUUUUUCAGUAUUCAUGUUCGAAACAUAAAGCCUUUCAGAAAUUUUAUGAACUCUUAGCGUUCCAUAUUUCCAAGUAUUUUAUUUCUCAGACAUGCGAGUAUUUGAUUAAUUUAUCUUGAACUAUCCAUGUAAACUUAUCAACAUGCUCAUCUGUUAAAUGGUAACAUUAUUGAGACUGACUGAAUGAUGGUUGUGUUAUGUUUAACCUUACUAAGCGAACGUGACAGACAUAAGGUCCUGUAUACUUUGUUAGAAUUUUGUACCUGGAUUUCAGAUAUGUCGAGUGGAUCAAUAGGGAGAAUUUCCGUUGUUGUGAACAGAUCUGCUUAAUUUCCCAACCUUCCUCAAGAUGUGGAAGCGAAGGUGGCAAUUUCGAAUACCAUGAUUUGUUUCCGAAUAGCUACAUCAGAAGACACAUCUGGGAACAAUCUUUCUGGUAACAAACACAUUUAGGAUUAGUUUAGCAGAAUGAAAUCUGUAAUGAAGAUGAGCUGCUGAGUAAAAUAAAAAUUAAAGUGAAAUUGAGUACAAAGCUAAUGGAAAUAAAAUGUUGCAAGUAAAUAGGAUGAUAUGUAAUAGAUUUGUUUAUCAGGAAAUAAUUAUGGAUUGUGAGCGUUUGUCUGUAAGACUUGUAAUUCACAUUAUUUGUAAUUGUCAUGGUUGGUCUUCAGGCUACUAGACUGCCCAGUUAUCCAGAUAGGAGAAGUUGGUUUUCUGAAGUAACCACCUAAGGGGUUAAUUUAUCUGACAAUAUAGCAUAUGAAUCUCUAGUUUGGGGUCAAAACUCAAAUUUUAUUGGUGAUCUCCCCACCACUCAAUUAUAUCAUCCAUAUUCUCUCACUUUUUAAGGGACACUGCCGCAUUAAGGAUCGAGUAGAACCUCCUUAUAAGGGGCUGUGGAUGUGCACUUUGAGAGAAACGGUGGGAUUUUUCCUUUUAUCAGGACAUUUGAAGACCACAUUUAUUCCCAUUCAUCACAAAGCUUUUUGUAUUGACUGAUAUCCAGUAUCAUUUUAAUCGAGUAUCCUCAGUGCUUACAAAUUGUCACAUCUUAUUGCUGUAAUUAUUAAUUUACAAUCGCCUUUUUAAAUUUCUGUUUAUGCUUCAAUUUCUAGAGCACAAAUAAUGAUGUCAAUUUAUUGAUAAGAGCUUUGGAUCGUAUUCACUGUCGAGUACAGACCUUUAAUCGGUCACUGUUAACAUCAGUUACUUCUGUAGAUUUUGAAGGUGUGCUAUUGGAUGAUUUAAGUCCUGAAUCGCUAUCUAUAGUGAAUCGAUUCUCUUUACUUACUAAUCAGUUUUCAAACUCGGCUCUGGAAAUAAUUAAUCAAGUUGCUCGAAUGCAAACUACUUAUUACUUUGAUAUAUUAUGCCAAAAUGCAGUUGAAUCAUUUACGGAUCUCCGACAUAAACUGGCUAGUCAUGGACUACAAACAUCCAAUUCAACUAAUGAAGAAGUCAACAAAGUGAACAAGAUUGGAAAUAACAAUCAUCAACUUUCAUCACUUUUAGAUGCUCUCAGUUCGUCACUUGUUUCACAGUUGCGCAAUGUACUAAAAGCGGAAGAGGUAGACAUCUUUUUGUGUUUCUUAAUUUUAUUUAGUAAUAGUAUUAUUUUUCACUGAAAUUGCAGCUACUUUCUGAACUUAGCAACAUCCAUUCUUUGUUCCAUCUUGUCACUCUGUAUAUCCCUUUUGCCGCCUUAUUCGACUUUAUUCCUGUUCUGACGAUUGUUUGCGUUAAGGUACUCAGUCUUCAAUCGUUAAGUUACUUUUAUUCAUUUCUCUUUACCUGCUAAGAUUUGGAUAGCCAUAAUGUAUUGGUGAUCGCUACACAGCAAAUAUAAUUGUUUGCCUAAUAUUAUUUUAUUGAUAACUAUUUAAUUUUAACAUUAUGUAAAAUCUUGUGUUAUAAACUCCAAGCCACAAAUGAUAUGUGAUAUUAAUUACCUGUCUAAAACUAAUAUAAGGUUAAAAUCAGUACCGCGAUUGUUUAAAGCCGAAUAUUUGAAAAUCAGCUCAAAAACUGCCUAGGAAGCUUUAAAAGGUGCAAAAUAUUUAGUUUAAGAAAUUCCGCUUGAUAAGUAACAGUCAAAUUUGAUGUAUUUGUGGUUGUGGUUUAGGAUUUGAAUUCCAAUUAAUCAGAAGUUUGGCUUUUUAUUUAUUUUCAUCUAUCUGUAUGUUGUCAAUUUGUAUACGUUAUUGUACCUUACUAUUCAUGAAACUUCAUAUAAUUACCAAGUUGCUGAAAUAUCUGACUAAACUAGUAUUGUAUCUUCCUUUCGUUGUAAAUUGUUUAUUACGGUUUAUUUAAAAGCUCACUGGAUUAAUCACCAGAAUACAUUUUACUGGUUGUUUUUCAAGUUUCCUAGGUAACAACACUAAUGCAUCACCUUGUGCUACAACCCUUCAGCGAUCGGUAUACGUUGUGUCUAGAGCAUUUUUGUCUACCAUCUGAAUAAAGUGUUUAUUAAUUGUUAGAACAAUCAUGAAGUAUCGUUAACUAUAAGUUGUUAAUUUUACAUAGUUACUAUCUGAUAAUCUGUUUUAUUUCUUUUCAGGCUUUCCUUAGUACUAAUAGUACAUUUUCUAGUAGACCACAAUUUCGUAAUUCAUUUUGCAUUGAUCAAAUUAGAGAAGGACUUAUCGUUGGUUACUUAAAUUUUCUUGUUCAAUUUCUUAGUGAUCUAGCUAAGGUAAAUUCACUUUUAUCGCAUGUUUUUCAUGUUUUAAUUUUUUAUAUUUAUGAAUAUUACUCAGAUAUGUUGUGUUUCAAUCCUUAUCUUUUCCCACUAAUGCAGGAGGAAAGAUACUGUAAAACUCGGUUAAAAAGUAACUGUUGCAUAUACUUUAUCGAUCAUUUAUUCAUUAAUUUAGUUUUUGCAUCAUACUAUUGUGCUUAUUUCUGAUAAUAUAUUUUUAGUCGCUAGUAGUCAAAUCUUGGAUUCUCGUUUUUUCCUUACUCUUCAACGAAACAUAUACCGUCAUUUGUUGGUAUUUGCACUAAAGUAAUAUCAACUCUUUUCGAAAGGAUACUAAAAGGCCUUAGCUUGAUCUCCUUCGUCAGCUGUUACUAAAAUAUUGUCAACUUGAGGUCAAUUGUAAUAUAUUAUCUUCAGUAAUAGAUUCACUUGCUCACAGAAACCAUCUCAUAACUAGCCAAUUAAUAUCGAGAACAAAACACAUCAGUUGGUUACGAUGAUCUCAAUUAGUGUUAGAGGUAAAUGGACCCCUAUCUACUCCCUGUUCUCCUUACCAUGAAAGGAUAUGCAACAUGUCCUUACCUUAUGCUCUCUAUAUACGCUGAGGAUUUUUAUUUCUCAUUUCUUGUCUUGUUUUCUUAUUCUUUUUUUAGACAGCUGUAUGCAAAAUUCCGGGUCCUAUUUUACUAACACUUGGAAAAUUAUGUUUAAUGUGGGCUGAUUCUGGUACAGUUGGACAUUUGAUUUCUCUGGCCGACGAUUUUAUGCUUUUCGGUAAUGAUUAUGUAAUUUUGGUAAUGAUGAUAGCGAUCUCUAAAAUUAAACGUUUUCAAGAAACUAAACUUCAUUGGCCCCCAUAUGCCCUGGUACGGCCGAGAGUGCGGAGAGUCCGCUCUCCCUCUCGAAAUGCUCUCACAUGGUCACGUGUAUAUAGCCUCUGCCAGGGAAGUCCUACUCACUGCCUUCUCGUGGCGGGGGUGUUGUUUACGAGAUUGAGCGGACGAAAAGUGAAUGUCCGGCGCUUUAACCGGGUUGGUGGACACGGGGGGUCCGCCUAGGGGAGUUGGAAAAACCUGCUUCCAAACCAAUGGUGCACAUGGGCUCCAGGGUCCUGAGGUAACAAAUAGUGUAUGAACCAACUGUUGGCUACCAUGGGACUGCAUCUCCUUGCGAUGCUCCACUGCCUUGUGGAUCAGAAUUUUAGGUCAAAGGCUCCUGUUGUGGCCCCCUAAGAAAACCACCUGCUUCAGUUUGGGCACCCGAGUAGUAUCACAGCCCUCACACAAAUUAAAUGAGAUUUGUGUUUUGCAUAUGUAUUUGGUGCCUCCUUGUACCAAUAUUUAUGUGUUCAAAUAAUAAUAAUAAUAAACUUAAUUGGUAAUGGUUAUUUGGUGAAUAGUUCACUGAAGUAGUUUGUGACUUCUUGCGUAAUGUGAAGACAGUUUUUAAUCACGAAUUGACUUUGAUUGGAAGCUGUAGAAGAUUCCAGUGUACUGAGUAAGUGUUUCAGUUUACUCUCACAAUUUUCUGUAUUGUGCAGUCUCAAUGUGUGGUGAAGUUCCUUAAAUUUGAAAUGAAUCGUUAGUUGUAUUCAUAUGUAAAAUAAGUAAAUGCAACGGAAUAUCUGCUUAAUGCUUUUACAUUCUAUUUUAUAUGUUACUCAUGAAUUAAGGAUAAUAUACGUUUGCGAAACCUAAGUUGAUGCAAUGCAACGUAAAUUUAGAUUUGACUGAGAACUUGAUUAUCUGAAUUGGCGAGUUAUAACUCAAUAGAAAGGUUAGUCUGUUCGUUCCUAUUUGACAUAUAUGUCACCUUAAUCAGUCUAUUAACCUAAUCCUGAAUAACUGAUUAUUCAUUUCGUCUCGUAUAGACAUACUGUGUACGUAGAUUCUAAUUAUUUUAUAGUGUGAUUAGUUAACUGGCUUCAUUGGGUAAUGGAUACGUUACAUAUGGCCGAUAAGAGUAGAGGAUAUUCGUAGGUUACUAGUAUUUGAUCAUAGGUGUCUUCGAAACAUUGCUCGUAUAUCCUGGGACUAUCGAGUAAGUAACGCAGCUGUUAGGAAACGGGUACUAGGUAAGGAUGGCAAAUCAAUUGAUGACGUAGUGAAACUUCAUCAGUUGAGAUGGCUGGGACACGUGUUACGUAUGCCCAACGACCGACUGCCUCGACGCACGAUGUUCAGUGGUAUAGGAGUAGGUUGGAACAAAGCUAAGGGCGGCCAGAUCAAAACAUGGCACAAAUCCAUGAAGUCAUUGACAAGUGGACUGAGUCAUGUUGGUAGGUGUAGACUACCUGGUUGGGGACCGCGAGAUGAUAGCAACCGAUGGUUAAAGACCCUGAAUGACAUGUCUCAAAAUCGUUUGCAAUGGUGUGAGCAGGUGCAUCCACUCUUUGUGUUCUCCCAAAUUUUGAUCUCCUUAUUCCUCCUUGUCUCUUUUUUUUCUCUUCCCAAAUUUAUUUCACUGUAUUAUACUCUUUAAACAACAUCUCCAAACACUAAUUUUCCCGAUUGCUGCUUAUACUCUUAUUACCUCUACCACUACGGGAUUUGAAUCGACCACUGCAUCUCUGUGCUAAUGUGGUGUGGCAACUCGAACUGAUGUACGUACGUACGAAGUUCUACGUUGUUACUGACUGACUGACUGGAUAUGUUACAUCAAAUAACAAUCUCAUUGAUCUAGGAUCUGUGAAUCCUCCAGAUUGUCGACCGAAUUUCCCGCAGUAUGAUCGAUUUCUAAUGAUAUUAAUACUUUCCAUUACCAAAUGCCAUAUGAUUACGGUCAGUUUAUUUGCUUGUUGGUUGUCACUUUUUUUUCAGGCUCACAAACAAAAGAAUCAAAAAAGGAAGAUUUUAAUACAGAGAAUGGUAACAGAUCACUCACUACUCCAAAAGAUGUAUCAAAUCGUUUCAGGUCUACUGGUAACGAGCUUCUAGUUGCUUUUGUUCGCUUAGAAGGUACAAAUUUGGCACAACUGCUUCGAAAGAGUGUUGAAGCAAGGGAUUGGCUGAAAAAUUUGGAACCACGUACAGUUCGUUCUGCAGUUAAAAGAGUGAUAGAAGAUUUAGCAUCACUAGAUCAACAAGUCAGCCAGCUGUUUUCAUCAAAUACUCGUAAUCGUGAUCGUAUUUCUGAUUCACGUUCCAGUCGUAGUCUACGACCUAGCACUUCAUCACAUCUUAUAGACGCUACACGAACUGGAAGUUCAAGUCAAGGAUUUCAUUCUCCUGACUUAGAUCCAACUCUAGCUACUCAUUUACGCCGUUUAUUUACGCAAAGAGUUGAUAUUUUUACUGCAGUUGACGCGAAUCGGGAAUCACUACUUUUGGGUGUCAUUAAAAUAGGUUUAAAGGUUAGCCAAGUUUUCAGUUUCAGUUGUUGCACUGCAUAUUUAUUGUAUGUUGUAACCAAGUAUUAUCACUUUGUAAGAUUUAAAAAAUUUGUCAAUAAGGUGAGUAAGAAAUAGUGAAUUCCACUAUCCGUUUUCUUUCGAUAGGGCUUUACAUAAAGUUUUAUAGUGAAAUUUAGAAUAGUUUAAUAGUUAAACUACAAUUCAACAAAUAUAAUUCAUUUUUCCUGGAAACAUCGCUGUAAUCUAGUCAACUUUUCACUCGAUGAAAGGAAAGUUGGUAAAUGCUUGUGUACUCAUCAACUUAAUACGGAUUAACUCAAUCGAUAAUCGGUAUUUAUUUUCAUCUCUUUAUGUGACAAUCAUUUUCUUGUCAUAGCUUGUUUUGUUCAACUGUAUGUUAUGAAGUAAACCCUCCAAAAAUUAGUAACUAAGUAGUAGUUGGUCUGUGAAUAUUAAUUCGAAAUUUGAAUCUUAUAUAACUUUGAAUAGUUUUGUAUUUCACCGUUAAGCACUGGGUUAUGGUGUUUUACCACUACGAAACUCAUUUUGUUAUUAGUUAUCAACAAGUCAUUACCUAAGUAUUUCCAGAGACAUUGCCAAUUUCGUUGCUUUUUACUUCUCUGAACUCUCAAUCACCAAUAUCUACAUUUUUUUUAUAGUUAUGUGCAAAAUCAAUCCAUCAAUUUAUUGAUUGUGUAACUGAGUUGUGUGAGCAGGUUCAGAUUAUUAGGUUGGGGAGGGAUGAAGUGACCCAGGAUCGAAAUGGAGCAACCUAUAACCGUGUUGUUGAAAGCAGAUGAUCUUACCAGUCUCUUCAUUCUCGUUCCUUUCUCCCAGUUCAUGUCCCCCAUGAUGGGUUCAUACCGGGUGUUUUUUCUUCUCGGCGUCGGCGUUUACAUCCUCCAUCAAAAUAGAUGAGUUUUCCUGAUCAUUUCUGUAAGUCUCUCAUAAAGCUGAUCUUUAUCUUCGCCAUGGGUUUCUCACCCCAUAAGUGCUUCUCAUGUUUCUUAGGACGGUAUCAUUGGAACUCCUUGUGUGUGGAGCGUUUUCUAUUUCAUGACCACCAUACCAUAACAGCUCUUCUGAAGUUAGUCUUUUUUCAUUCAGAUUGUAUUCAUUGGUUUUCACUUACUCUAAGCAUGAAUAGUUUGUAAGGAAAUUUGAAUGACCCUCCUGGUUUUCCACAUUGUGUGGGCAUCCCAUGUACUCAUAUUAUUUGUUUCUCUUUGCUGUUUCAAGCAUAGAUCAUUGACAACUUUUCUAAUGUUAGACUAAGUGAUUGAAGGUUCGGAUGUCAGUUUUUUAUAGAUCUAACUUGUUAAAUGGCAGAGUGUAUGAAUUGUUCAUUCAGCUUCCACAACCACUAGCUCUUUGAAACCUUUUAUAUUGUUUCACUGAGCUAUAUUGUUUUAUUGGAUCAUUGAAACUAACUUACUGCUUCUCAACUAAUUUGCUGUUAAACAAUGAUACGUCAAAAAUACUUCGCUUUUUAAUUCAUUUACUUGUUUAAUUUGGAAUGAUCUAGACUUUGAUAGAGUGUGCACGUUUACAAACAUUUGGUCGUUACGGUCUACAACAAAUACAAGUUGAUUGCCGAUAUUUACAAAUUCAUUUGUGGCAUUUCGUAAAUGAUGAAAAGCUUAUUUGUAUGUUACUAGAAGAUGUGAUCUACAGUGUUGUUCAGCGUUGCGUUGAUCCAUGUUUCAUGGAAGAGAGUGUUGUCGAAGCUAUUUGUGAUCGAGCAUAAAGUUACUUAAUUAUUGCUUAAUUCUUGAUAAUAACCGUUUUGUUCUCGAGUUGAAGAAGAAAAUAAUCAGUGCGUAACUUCUUUUUUUUGGUGGUAUUUUUUCAUCAAUGAUUGCGGGAUAUUUUCAUCCGUUUAUUAUUAUUAUUAUUAUUAUUCUCACCAUUAUUGAAUAAUGAUCCGUUUUUCUUUUGGUGUAGGAAAAAGUUAAAUUUUAAAAUUCUAAUUGUAAAUUAUUUGUCAUAUCGAAACGUUACAAAUUCCUGUUUUGUUUUUUUAUUUGUUAUUUUUGUACUGAGAAUUGUUUAGCUGUGCUUUCCGAUACUUCGAUGUGAUGCUUUUUGUUUUAUAAAUGUUCACUAUCUAACUUAAUGUUUGAUGUUAGUUUGAAUUUUCGUAUAUAUUUGCUAAUUUUGUUGUUGUUGAUACAAUAAACCUUAUGGUCUCACUUUUUU